CUGCUCCUGGUUGUUUUGAUUGUCACAUAAAGGCCUGUUUUCUUACCAAGGAGACACAGAGAUAUCCAUGAUGUGCCAAGGAAAGUGCUCAACGUGCAGCUGCUCCAAAUGCAUGGGGAUAGCUCUGCUCCCCCUUGCUGUCUGCGCCAUCAUCUCUAAUCUUCUUCUCUACUUCCCCAACGGAGAAGUGUUAGAAGCGCGGCGGAUCACGGACUUGGUCUGGUUUUUCCACGGCAUUCUGGGAGCUGGGAUAUUGGUUUUCUUGCCAGCCUUUAUGAUGGUGGGCGCAGGUGGAGCAGGACGUUGUUCUAACAAAUGUGGGAUGGUGCUCUCUCUGGUCUUUGCUGCACUUGGAGCUGCUGGUGGACUGUACUGUGUGACGAUCUCAUCCUUGGGGUUAAUUAGCGGUCCUCUGUGUGAUAUUGGUGAUGAGGUAUACGUCUAUCCUUUCCGGAAUGACACUUUGGCAAACAAUUAUUUGUUUAAUCAGACUAACUGGAGCAUUUGCAAAAAACCAGAAAACAUCAUCGUCUGGAACAUCGUGUUGUUUUCCCUCCUCCUGGCCAUUGGUACAGCUGAAGUGGUCCUCUGCCUCGUCGAAGUUGUCAAGGGCCUCAUCGGAUUCUUAUGCAGCUCAUGCUUGAGGGAAAGAAAGACUGAUAUUGGAGGAAUGUGACCAGCCUAUGAAGAAGACAGAAUGAAAGGAGCAGUUGGCCCAUACGUGUACAGUCAGAAUAGUGUGCGUUGCUGUAUAUAUUUAUAGGAACAAGAGAUGUGGUGAAUGCUCAUAACUACAGAAAUAAUCCAAAACUGGAAAAAGUUAUGUAUCUAUAUAUAAAGAUAAUUAUUGUAAAGCUAGGAGGAAGUGGUGUAUGCAAGGCUGGCUGAAAAAUAUGACACAUUAAGUAUCUUGCUACUUAUUGUUGCUUG